CUGUCCCCACAAAGAGCAGGCAGCACAGCUGUUAGACAAACCUGGAGCUUACAUUUGAUGAAAUUGCUCUGAAUAUGACCUGAUGGAGUUAAAAUUGUAUGAUCUUAAACUGGAUUACAUCCGUGGUAUACUGGAAUACUCAACAAUGAGGCUGUAAUGGAUGAGUAAUACAAGUUUUGGAAUCAGCAUUGACGAAAACUGUGUAUUGUGGAAUCCUUGUGGUAGACAUCCCACAAUGAAAGACCGAUUGGCAGAGCUACAGCAGAAGGCUCGGGAGUCAACAAAUGAGAAUGCCAACCCGUUCUUGAAUGUCCAUGAUGACUCAGAAGGGGUGAAGGUGAUAACACCACAGGCUGUAGUGUUUGAAGAAGAGCCAGUCAUUGAGAACUUCCUGUCCAGCAUUCAACAGAUCCAAGAUGAUAUCACAUCACUGGAGACAGAAGUACAAUUAUUCAGCCAGCAACAAAAGAGCCUGGUGGCAACUAUGCGUCGCUUCAGCGUGAUGAAGAAGGAGAGCAGCAUAACCAGGGACAUCAAACUCCAGGCCGAAAGUCUUCAUAGACGCUUAGACACACUUUGUAAACAGGUACAAAAGACUGAGGAGCAGCAGGGAGCUACCGCUGUUACAUCAAGAAUCCAACGCUCCCAACAUGCAGCACUAUAUCGCAAAUUCCAACAAGUAAUGCGACAGUAUAAUGAAAGUAUGCUGACCAAACAGGAUCGCUGUAAGCACUUCAUUAUCCGGCAGCUGGAGGUAUUAGGAAAGUCUGUGACGGAGGAGGAAGUGAACGAGAUGGUGGCCACAGGAAAAUGGGAGGUCUUCAAUGAGAACCUGCUGACUGAUGCCAGAAUCACAAGGUCACAAUUAUCUGAGAUUGAGCAAAGACACAAGGAGCUGGUGAGUCUGGAGAACAACAUGAAGGAGCUCAGGGAUCUGUUCAUGGACAUAUUCAUGCUGGUGGAGGAGCAAGGAGCCUAUAUUGAUCACAUCCAGACCAAUGUAGAGCGGACUCAGGAUUAUGUGGCUGUGUCCAACGAGAAGUUCAAGAUGGCUGCCAGGUACAAGAAAAAUAACCCACUUCGCCGGCUGUGCUGCUGCUGCUGCCCCCCCUGGAGAUGUUGCUUGUAGACUCCCCAGAAAUUCUUUGAAAUGCACAUUGAGGACAUAUUUAACUUUAAUGACCAUGCUUCCUUUCAAAAGUCUUGCAGUUCAGAGGAAGCAACACCGCAUGUGAGUACAAUAAUAGGGAGGUGGCAGUACUCCAACCUACUGCAGCUUCUGAACACACCUACUGUCAAGACAGAUUCACCAUAGCAUAGAAAGCAGUUAGGUGGAAAGGCCAGAAUAUGGUGUUUUGUUUCUUUCAAGGGGGUCUGAAACUAUUGCAGUUGGAAGAGACAGUUCUCUGAGUGCUGCUCGCCAGCACGGCUGCUUAUCGGAGACCUUCACUGUCAUUUGACAAAGGUCACAAACAAGCAGAGUCGAAUGCCAUUGCUACGUCAGCAAGACUGAUACUCCACACCAGUUAUUAAAAGAUCCACUUUUUUAUAAUGAUCUGAUACAUGAAGUCUAUUAAAUGACCAUUCUUUAAUCACCACAUUUACAAAGUCAGAAGAAACAUACUCUCGAAGAGACUGUGAGUUGUUACGUGUCUGGUGAAUUCAUUUUAGGACGAAAUUAUGUUGAGCUUAAGAGGCAGGGUGGUUUGAAGUAACAAAACAAGAUCGUAUUCAGUGCUCGUAAAAGGGUGAGAGUCAAGCAAGAUUUUGAAUCAUGAGCCUUGAUCAAAAUAAGUCAUGACAGAAACAAAAUCAAACAAACAAACAAAAAAACACUGUGCU